AUGUGCUUCUCCCCCCGCCGCGUGAGUUUUUGCAAAUUGUGGUCACUCAGCCGUCCUCCCCCUUCCCCCCGAACAGCCUCCCAGCCCGCCGAACAGGACCCGAUCGAAAAGCAGAUCGGGAAGGCCGUGGGCAAGAGCGACGUCUGGUUCCGGUUUAACGAAGGCGUUUCCAAUGCUGUCAGGAGGAAUAUUUACAUUAAGGACUUGCUGUAGCGGGAAAGAAGGGAAAGCGAAGGCUUAUGUACCGAACAGAAAGAAAAAGCUGACUUUCAGCUUUCUAACUAACAGAGGCGGUGUGUGAGGAUGUUCCUGAUUUUUUUUUUCUUUUGUACCUAGCUGUUUUGUAAAAAUAAAUAAGUGAUAAAAUAGAAAAAUAGAAAUAAAUAAACCAUGAGGUCUAGCUCUGUUUAUUUCACUUAUAAACGCUUAGUUGUCAUAUUUUGCCUGUUUUGCUGCAAAAUUGUAUGUUCUACAGUUUACAAAAGGAUAUGUAAAAUUACUGAAAACGUCUUAUAAAAGUGUUCUUCCCUUAUACUUUCAAAGAGGCUGUCAGGUUCACAGCAGUGGUGGCGGAGGCAAGGGAAGGUUUGUAAUUGGAAACUCAGGGAUAACCCAAGAGGCGCCUUUGCCUGUUUGGUGUUGCUGCUUCCAGGUCCCGGCUGCAAUGCAAAUCAGUGUUUCUCUGAACAAUUUUGCCCAUCCUGCGUAUGUUUUCUUUACCCGACAUAAAAAAGAAACACUUCUACUAGUAGAAAUAAUAAGACAAGAGGAGGGUAGGGUUUUUGUUCAGUUGGUCAUAGUAGGAAACUAACUAAUAAAAAAAAAAAA